UUUAAACAUGGCGAACUUCAUAGACGCGACGUCGUCCCAACAGUUUGUGGAAUUACUAAAAAAGGUCGGGAGGUCUCUCACAGUUGUUCAUUUCCAUGCACCAUGGGCACCUCAAUGCUCUCAGAUGAACGAUGUAAUGGAGGAGUUAGCCAAGGAGCACAAAACAACCAUGUUUGUCAAGCUGGAGGCAGAAGCAGUCCCUGAAAUAUCCGAGAAAUAUGAGAUCAGCUCAGUUCCCACUUUCCUCUUUUUUAAGGGUGGUGAGAAGAUUGACAGGCUGGAUGGUGCUCAUGCCCCUGAGCUGACCAGUAAAGUCCAGAGACUGGCGUCCAGCAUGGGCGGACCUGCUGGACCGGGGGACGCCCCCAAGGAGGAUCUCAACGAAAGGCUUAAGAAACUAAUCAACGCUGCACCCUGCAUGCUUUUCAUGAAGGGAUCUCCCCAAGAGGCUCGUUGCGGCUUCAGCAAGCAGAUCAUACAGAUCCUGAAGGACCAAAACAUCCAGUACAGCAGCUUUGAUAUCCUAUCUGAUGAGGAGGUUCGGAUGGGGCUGAAGACAUACUCCAACUGGCCCACAUAUCCACAGGUGUAUGUUAAGGGAGAGCUGAUUGGUGGGCUAGACAUCAUCAAGGAGCUGGUUGAAUCGGGUGAAAUUGGAAAUACUUUUCCCAAGGCUGUCCCACUGGAACACAGGUUGAAAUCUCUUAUCAACAAAUGUCCAGUCAUCCUCUUUAUGAAAGGAAAUAAAGAGGCAGCCAAAUGUGGAUUCAGCCGCCAGAUACUUGAAAUAAUGAACAAUUUAGGGGUUGAAUACGACACCUUUGAUAUUCUUCAAGAUGAAGAGGUUAGACAAGGUCUAAAGACGUACUCCAACUGGCCUACAUACCCACAGCUUUAUGUAAAAGGAGAACUAAUUGGAGGCCUGGAUAUCAUCAAGGAAUUAAAGGAAAACGGCGAGUUGCUGUCGGUGCUCCAAGGGAAAAACUAAAAGGAAAAAACAUGAAAGCAAUUUCUGCUGAAGUCUCUCCUGCUGUCUCUUGAGAUUUCUGAAGGUAUAUCACUGGGAACCAAACAGCCAUGUACCAGCCAGAUUGUUUUAGAAGAUACAAUACAAAUCCCUGAAGAUCCUGUUCUUUUAAGUUCCAUCAGUAAAAUGUGUCACACUUACCACAAUUCCAAUAAAGCCAGCUAUGUUACAAAAA